CUCAUAUUUGCAAGUGUCCUUCAAGCAAGCAUCAUCUCAACACUUUGUUAGUGUGUUGAGAAGAAGUGAGUUGAUAACAGAAGUAAAAUAUAUAUUUGAAACUGCUGUGCAUCUUGUUGUCAGUUGAUGAUUAGAAGAAGCUGUGUUGGAUAAAGCGUACGCAAUGAAGUCAAGUCUCACUAUUUUGUCUGCCGUUCUGCUCUUAAUGGUCAUUGCCACAAAGGCAAAGAAAGGAAUUGCAGCAAGUGGUUGUGUUAACGCAAACUGGUGGAAAUCAUUUGAUAAAAAAGGAUGGUCAAAAUGUGACAAUGCGAAACAAUUUAUUACUGGAUUUUACCGAAGCAAGUUAAAUAAAUUCAAUAAUGAUGGAAUUUAUAAACUUGAAGAAGCGAAAUGCUGCCCUUCUAGUUCAUUACACGCAGGGCAACGAAGUACAUGCAAAAAUGCUAACUGGUGGAAAUCACUUGACAAGGCCAGUACCUGGAGUGUUUGUCCAAACGGAUAUUUCCUAAAUGGACUCUAUCGCACCAAAGGCCAAAGAUUACACAAUAUUGAGGAAGGAAACUGUUGCAAGCCUGUCAAUCAUCCAAACAAGUAUGCUCACUGUUACAAUGAGUACAUCAGACAUGAGUUUGACAAGAAAGGUUGGACCACAUGUAAAAAAGCUGGAUAUUACGUCACUGGGUUGUACAAAGAUCAUAAUGGUGACUGGCUUCACAACAUAGACUACUUCAGAUGCUGUAAAAUGUGGACUGGAAUUGCAGCAAGUGGUUGUGUGAACGCAAACUGGUGGAAAUCAUUUGAUAAAAAAGGAUGGUCAAAAUGUGACAAUACAAAACAAUUUAUUACUGGAUUUUACCGAAACAAGUUAAAAAAAUUCAGUAAUGAUGGAAUUUACAAACUUGAAGAAGCAAAGUGCUGUUUGUCUAGUCCUGGAUACAGAGGUCAACAGAGCAUUUGUGUCAACGCUAACUGGUGGAUAACUUUAGACAAAAAAAGCACUUGGAGUGUUUGCCCUCAAGGAUAUUUUCUAAAUGGUCUUUAUCGCACCAAAGGCCAAAACUUACACAAUAUUGAGGAAGGAAAAUGCUGCAAACCAAUACGCCAUCCCAAUAGGUAUGGUGGUUGCUAUAAUGAAUAUAUCAGACAUGAGUUUGACAGGAAAGGAUGGACAACGUGUAAAAAGGCUGGUUACUACGUCACUGGGUUGUACAGAGAUCAUAAUGGUGACUGGCUUCACAACAUUGACUACUUCAAAUGCUGCAAAAUGGCCCCAGUUUUCAACCCAUGUGCUAAGAAACCUUGCAAGAAUGGUGGUCUUUGUUUAAAAAAAAUCAAAUCUUACCAGUGUUUAUGUAAACCUGGCUACCAAGGAAAAAAUUGUGGAAUCUACAAUGCUUGUCAUACAAAACCUUGUAUUAACGGUGGUAAAUGUCAAAGGAAAGGAAAGUUGUACAAUUGCAAAUGUAAACGUGGUUACUUUGGAAAGAACUGUCAAUAUACGUUUAUACCGAGUCGUUGCGUUAACGCCAACUGGUGGUUAUCAUUUGACAAAAAAGGAUGGUCAAAAUGUGACAAUGCGAGACAAUUUAUAACUGGAUUUUACCGAAACAAGUUAAAAAAAUUCAAUAAUGAUGGAAUUUAUAAACUUGAAGAAGCGAAAUGCUGCACUUCCAGUUCACUAUACGCAGGGCAACGAAGUACAUGCAAAAAUGCUAACUGGUGGAAAUCACUUGACAAGGCCAGUACCUGGAGUGUUUGUCCAAACGGAUAUUUCCUAAAUGGACUCUAUCGCACCAAAGGCCAAAGAUUACACAAUAUUGAGGAAGGAAACUGUUGCAAGCCUGUCAAUCAUCCAAACAAGUAUGCUCACUGUUACAAUGAGUACAUCAGACAUGAGUUUGACAAGAAAGGAUGGACCACUUGUAAAAAAGCUGGAUAUUACGUCACUGGGUUGUACAAAGAUCAUAAAGGUGACUGGCUUCACAACAUAGACUACUUCAGAUGCUGUAAAAUGUGGACUGGAUAGGCAUGGUGGCCAGGAGUACUUUACAUGACUGUUAAAGAAGAUGGAAAGAUUAAAUUGAUUCUUCAAACUAAUUUUUAAAUGUAAUUGUUUGGUUUUUACAUUUAAUAAAACUUGGCAUUAAAAAUUA